GGUAGGCCAGCCUCGGUGUCAAUCAGAGGCAUAUGUAAAGCUGCGGCGCUGUAUAAGUUUCUAGUGUUCAGCGGGGGCUCGCGAACACUCAGAGGCUCGCAUCGAGGCGGCGGGGAUGCAACCGGAGCGCGAGAGGGCUGGCUUUCGGAGUGGCACAGAAGUGCACCUCUCAUCUCUGUCGACUACCAGUUUUUGCACCGCAGUAAUGUUCGGGCGCAGGCACCGUAUGCACUGAGCUUCUAACCGACGUUUUAGUUUUUAGUUUAUUUCGGGGUUUUUUUCUUCCUUUUUUGUUUGUUGGUUGGUUUUCUAUUUAUUCGUUUUCAGUGGAUGGUUGUUCCACCAUGCGAAGAUUACCGAGUAGUAGCAGCCGGGGGUGAAUAGUUUUGGCAAUAUGUCCCGUUGGAUUAUUACGGUUCGCAUCUGCGAGGCUUAUGGAAUAUAGCCUGGUUUGUCACAAUCUGUAUGCAUUGUCAGCGAGCCCCGUGAAAAAGAAACUUGCACUACUCGGCAUUAUGUUUUUAUUGUGGGCAUACAUGCUCUAUUCCUGCGUGGGGUACUGUGCCACCAUGCCCAGUUUGGUGGUGGACAGCUACCGGGUGAAGGAGCCGGAGCACGCGAGCAGAAGGACAGAGAGCGGCGGCAGAGCGGACCUCAUGUCCAAACUGCUGCCCAGACCGCAAGGCUGGGUUGAUUUGGAGUCUGACUACGACGAGCCGUCCCUCCGGACCGCAUCCAGAGACUUAUCGGCGAACGACGUGGACGGGGACCGGGGCGAUGAGUGGGAAGAUCAGGCGCGGGUCGAUCAGAGAUCACCGGAGCCCAGCUCGCUGUCAAGUUUCUCGAACGGCUCGGGCAGCAAGAAGCUGCCCCAGGCCAUCAUCAUCGGCGUGAAGAAGGGAGGCACGCGCGCACUGCUCGAGUUCCUCCGCGUGCAUCCCGACAUCAGGGCCGUGGGAGCGGAGCCGCACUUCUUCGACCGAAACUACGACAACGGGUUGGAGUGGUACAGGGACCUGAUGCCCAAGACGCUGGAGGGCCAGAUCACCAUGGAGAAAACCCCCAGCUACUUCGUGACCCGCGAGGCUCCGGCGCGGAUCAGCGCCAUGUCCCGCGACACCAAGGUGAUCGUGGUGGUGCGCGACCCCGUGACGCGGGCCAUCUCCGACUACACGCAGACUCUGUCCAAGAAGCCCGACAUUCCCUCCUUCGAGAGCCUCACCUUCAAAAACAGGACUACGGGGCUCAUCGACACGUCCUGGAGCGCCAUCCAGAUCGGCAUCUACGCCAAGCACCUGGACAACUGGCUGCAGUACUUCCCCAUGGAGCAGAUCCUGUUCGUGAGCGGCGAGCGGCUCAUCAGCGACCCGGCCGGAGAGCUGGGCCGCGUGCAGGACUUCCUGGGCCUCAAGCGCAUCAUCACGGACAAACACUUCUACUUCAACCAGACCAAGGGCUUCCCCUGCCUCAAGAAGGCCGAGGGCAGCAGCAAGCCCCACUGCCUGGGCAAAACCAAAGGCCGCGUCCACCCCAACAUCGACCCCGAGGUGGUGCAGAGGCUGCGGGACUUCUACAGGCCCUUCAACAUGAAGUUCUACCAGAUGACGGGACAUAACUUUGGCUGGGAUUGACAUUAAACGAAGACUCACUCUUAGCGUUUAUGUUUCUUUUGGUUUACUCUGUAUUUGAAUGGCAAAUGUCAUGAGAUAUUGCUAUAUAUAUGUAAAAUGUACAGAAAUCUAUUUUAUAAUAAUUUAUUUUUAAUUUCUAAGCAAUUAAUUCACUAAGCUGCCUAACCAUAACUCGUAUAUAUAUCCCCCCUUCAUGUUGUUGUUUUUUUUUUUUUUUUUUUUUUAACAUUCCACAUUUUAAGUUUUUCUCCUCGCUCACAGUCCUGUUCCUCUCAGUCUGAACGAACGGUGCUUCCUAACACAACUGAACACGUCGGACGAGCAGAACCUAAGCACCGUGUUACGGGUAUAACGUGUCCAGAACACACACCGGUGUCAUCUAAAACUUCAGCGCUCUCACACAAACACACACACACACACACACAUCAGUCAUCUCGCCUCGCUUAUCCCACUCACUCUAGCAUGACCGCGUGUCGGUGUACAUUAUGGCUCGUUUUUCCGUUGUUAUACACGGCGUCCGACAAGCACGUGUUUAGUCCUCUCUUAUCAUCUAAUCAGCAUCGAGCCUCGUGCUAAAAGCAGACGUCCAAUCGCUUUUGACACAUGUCACAUCCUCUGCCCCCCCCCCCCCCCCCCCCCCCCCUCCUAGUCCUGUGGGGCUCCUCUGAUGCUCCCAGCAGCUGAUCCGACGUCCCUCUCACUCAAUAACAGGUAGAUCAAUAGGCCUAAUUGCCACUCAUGUUGUCACUCACCCAUAGAGCGAAGCGCAGGGGGUCUCUGCCCCACAGUAGCCCAGUGUUUGUCCUUAGUGAGCGGCCCUAUCCAUCAAUGGCCGCGGCACAUGGAGAGUAGGCUAAGGCCAUGUGGUGACUUUAUUUAUGCUAAUCGGAGAAACGUUAGCCGCGGGGCCGGGGUCGAUACUCUUCUCUGUGUCAUCUGUCGUUCUCCCAUUAGGGUGAGGGAAGGCUAGGAGCCUGGGCUUGUGCCUCUACAAGUCAAAGGUCAAACACAAUCUUGAUAAAAAAAAAUAAAAUAAAGGAUUCGUUGUUUGAUUGUUGGGAUGUGUUGUCAGUCAUCUUGUUGUUGUUGCGCUGGGAUAGCGAGAGCGCAAGCCUGGGGAUAGUAAAGGGGGGGAGAGGUAGAGCAUGGAAAUAUCAGUAGAGCAGAAAAAAAAGAGGAGAAGAAAAAGAGGAAGACAUUUCAGAGAGAAGCUUCACUUCAGUGGAACAUGACAUGAUCAAAUGGAGUACGCUGGUCUGGGGCUCCGAUUACAGACAGGAUAUCAAAGGAAAUCUCAAAGUUCCUCUCGCUGAGGGUCAGGAGCAGUUCAGGAGCGUAACAUUUUCCUUCUGCUGUCAGGCCCUUUUGACAAAUCGAGUCGUCUCUCUUAACUUCUCAACCCUCAAUUUCGUUGCCAAAAUUUGCACCAUCUCAGAGCAGGAAAGACACACACACACACACACACUCGUUUUUAUUUCCCCCUCUCUUUUUUUCCCCCGCCAACCUCCGUCAUUCUCACACCUCUCUCAUCGCUCGGCUUCUUUUCAGUCUUGCUUUCUUUGCCGCCGUCCUGUCAUUUUCUUUCUACUUGAAUUCUCCAUAUGCAAGAAUGAGAAGCGUAUCUGUUGUAGCACGCUGUAACAAACACACACACACACACACACACACACACACACACACACACACACACACACACACACACACACACACACACACACACAUGGACCUUGCAUAUGCAAGAAUGAGAAGCGUAUCUGUUGUAGCAGGCUGUCUGUAUUUCUGAGCAGAUCCCCCAUAGAGUUCCAUUUAAAAAAAAAAAAAAACGCCAUUUUCUAAAGGCAGGGCGAAGCUCCUCUCAAGGACUCUUCAGCUCCUUGUCAUCUGAUCCAGGAUCAGGCCCAUCUGCCAUUGUCCCAGAACCUCGCUAUUAGGAGCAAAUCAAACAAAUGUGAUCCUGUGUCAGUUGGAAUCCAGACAGGGGUGGUGUUAUCUGUGGCCAGAGUCGGAGUGAAUGUACUAAGCCUUUCUCCAUGGACCCUGGAAAGUCCUGGAAAAAUGUCCUCGAAAUCAUCAAAGGGAAUGCUUGACUGGCUUUUUGAAGAGGGUGUGUGUGAAGGUAGAGCAGGGUGUCGUGUGUACUGGGGGUCAUGUCAUCAGAAGGGGGUGGGGGGUGCGGGUUGGUAGACAAAGUUGGUCCUCAUCAAGCCAGUCCAGUGAUACUGAAACCCCUCUCCUUCCUUAAGGAGGUGAGUCUAUUCCUAAUUAGAGGAGGCUCUGUCAUAGACAUCUAGUUGGAUGGUUUCUGGGCAGCUCUGUCUUUGAGGGAGAGGACGGCAUUCUUCUGGAAGCUUCUUCUCUCAGUCACGGGGCAGCCUUGAUGGUUUGCAAAAGAAUCUUCAGUGAACAAAACGAGCGAAAAAUAAAGAUCCUCUUGCCAUAGGUACCAACAUCAAAAGCAUUUGUUUUUCAACAACUUCCUCUUCACUGUGAAACACCAAUGCUCUCUCUCUUGUCUGUUUUUACUGACUACACGCCCAGAUCACAGCUUAGUCUCUCCUACAACGAAUACAGUUCAGGACUGAAUGCAGCAUAAUGACUUAUGUGACUAUGUGGAGUCCACUCUUUUAUCAAUCCUUCAACUAAUAGUCCCAUAUUUAAAAAAAAAAAACUGAGGAAUAUCUUCUCACUGGUUUGGAAGGAGCUGAAGGGAAAGAUGUGAGAGUCUUGGCUUCUGCUCUGCGAUCGCUCUGUGAGAGUUUGUUUCCUGUUCUCACAGCACGUGUCCGUGUCAAUGCAUCCGUUGUUAUGGUUGAGUUUUAUUCAACCAUUAUUGUUUUUUUUUUUUUUUUUGUUUUUGUUUUUUUAUAGAGGUAUACAGAUGUUAGUGACGUUUGUCUUACUCCACAUAUAACAUGGUAAAUAGAAUGACAGAUGUGUAUGUGCAAAAAACAACCAACGGAGAAAUUGAAAUCAUGUAAAGCAAGUAUUUUGUGGUAUAUCAAAAAAAAAAUGAAUUAAUUUUACACAGUGGAAAAGCAAAAUGGAACAGGUUGUUUCUAGAUAAUGAAAUACUGAACAUUCAUACUAUUUCUUUGUAUGAAGAAAUAAAAUAAAAAAGUAUAUAUUUUACCAAAA